AUGGCAAGAAAAAGUGAUAAUAUCAAAACCAUCAAUGUUGCCGUUGUUGGUCUUUCUGGCACUGAGAAAGAUAAAGGGCAAGUUGGUGUUGGGAAAUCAUGUCUGUGUAAUCGUUUCAUGCGUUCUUUGAACGAUGAUUAUAAUGUGGACCAUAUAUCAGUGUUAUCUCAGUCGGAUUUUAGUGGUCGGGUGGUAAACAAUGAUCAUUUCCUAUAUUGGGGUGAAGUUACAAAAACAGCAGAGGAUGGAACAGAAUAUCAAUUUCAAGUGAUAGAACAUACAGAAUUUAUAGAUGAUGCAUCAUUUCAGCCUUUUAAAGGUGGUAAAAUGGAACCUUAUGCAAAAAGAUGUGCAGCCACAAAAAUUACCAGUGCAGAAAAGCUUAUGUACAUUUGCAAGAAUCAGUUAGGCAUAGAAAAAGAAUAUGAACAAAAAGUUUUACCAGAUGGUAAAUUAAAUAUUGAUGGUUUUUUGUGUAUAUUUGAUGUAAGUGUUGUACCAAAUCGCUCUAUAGAAAAGCAGGUUGAAAUUGUAGCAAACAUAUUGAACAAUUUAAUGAAAACUAAGAAGCCAAUAGUUUUGGUAACCACCAAAAAUGAUGAUGCAAAUGAACAGUAUGUAAAGGAAGCUGAAAAAUUAGUAAUGCGCAAAGAAUACAAAAGUUCCAUUUUAAUAGUUGAAACAUCUGCACAUGAAAAUAUUAAUAUUGAUUUGGCAUUUAUGAUUUUGGCUCAAGUGAUUGAUAAAACUAAAAUGCGUAGCAAGGUAACACCUUUUGCGGAAGCGGCCAGAGCUAGAAAGGAACUGCUGGAUGCAUCAACAGAAUCUUUGCAAAAAUUGAUUCGAGUACAAGUUACCGAUUAUCGAGCAUUAUGGUCCCAAGCAUCUAAAAAGCUAGCACAACACAAAGAAUUUUCAACAUCUGUGGAACUGUUUGGUAUUGAUGGAACCCAAAGAUUAUUUAGGAGACAUAUUAAAAAAUUGAAAGAUGAGCAAGUGGCAAAGAAGGUUGAUGCAUAUUUGGAUAUGUUACCUGAUGUACUUCAUGAAAUAUGCCCUGAUAUAACAAAUUUGAUCAAUGAGGAGUGGUCUACAGUACAGCAGUAUAUAAAAGAACAUCCUGAUUUUGACCAGUAUUUCUAUGAAUGUCCUGAAGACAUUCCAUGGAUUGAUUAUGAUAUUGAGGAAUGCAAUGGAACAAAGAUUCCUUAUGAUGUUUUAGAAACAUCAGAAGCUGAAACUGUUUUCAAAAACCAUAUAAAUGUGCUGCAACAAGAACAGCGGCGAUUAGAACUUCCUAAAAGAUGGAAAAAGCAAUUUAAACAGUUGUUGGAAGAAACUGGGUAUGUUACACCAGGAAAGCACUUAUCUGAAGUUAAAGUGCUUUUUAUGGGUAGGGAAUGCUUUGAAGCUCUCUCUCACCAUGACUGUCAAGAAAUAUAUGAUCUACAUCAAAAGGAAAUUAUUGAAAAAGCAAAACAUAAUUUCCAAGAAUUAUUGUUAGAACAUGCUGAUUUGUUCUAUCAUUUUAAGAGUAUAGCACCAUCUGGAACUAUAACACAAGACGAUAUUAAAGAAAUAACGGAUGCGUUGUUGGCCGAUUUUAGGUAUAAGGCUUUAGAUAGACUGGAUCAAGAUAGAAAAUUAAUGCUUUUCCAACACUUGGGUUUUGUACAUUGUCCUAUAAGAGAGCACUGUCCAGCUUAUCCAAAUUGCAUGGAUGCACUUAUAGAACGAAUACUUGGAACAAAAGCCCACAGACCUUCAUCAUGGAACCACAGUAGUCAGUGGCAAUUAACAUCUGAUAACAAUCAAUUAAAUUUAGUCAUACUUGGAAGCAAUGGACUUGGCGAUGAAUUUGCUCGAGAAAUAAGAGCCCAGACCGAGGAUGACGAAGUAGAAAUCGAUUGUCAGUUGUAUACGCUUGGAUACCGAAUUAUCGAUGGUGAUGUUGGAUUACCGCACAAUUCAUUUACUACUUCUGACUUUAUGCCUCAUGGAUCAUUUUGUAUUUAUGCAAACGAGGAUUCGUUUGAAUAUAUUCGUUCGUCCUUGGAGAAGACAUUGUUAUCGAAUCUCGAGCAAGAAGAUAGGUUACCAUUUCAAGGAUUACCUAUUGUUAUUAUGUUUGUGCCAGAAGCUACUAUAGAUGAACUGGAAGCAAUACGACUUAGAGAAGAGGGCCAGAAUCUUGCUGAUAGCUUACAGUGUCCAUUUAUCGAUGUCUGCAUAGAGGAUUUAGAGCAGGACAAAAGGUUUCCUACUCCACUUGUGAAGGAUGCAUUACAGCAACUGAUACAAUCAAUAAAUCACAGAGCUGGUUUUCUAAAUAUUUACCAAAGUGUUAUUGAAUGCUUGGAACCUGAUAUUAGAAUAAUAAUGUGUAUGUUUUGCGGAGAUCCAUAUUCCGUUGAGAACGUACUCGGUCCUUUACUCAAUCAUCAGUGUUGUUUUCUCAGUGGCGACCGAUCGAUUGUUCUAGAAACAUUUCUAGGGGAAUCGAAACGAAGGGUUGAAGUUAUUAUUUCAAGUUUCCAUGGGGCAAAUGCAUUUAGGGACGAGUUAGUACACGGUUUCAUAUUAGUCUACUCCACAAAAAGGAAAGCAUCGCUCGCGACCCUUAGUGCAUUUUCCAUGAAUAUACCAAACUUACCGAUACAAAUAAUGGCUGUGACUGAUACUGGAGGUGCUAAUGCUUUCUUCAGUAAUGACUUAAGUCAUUUACUUAUUACGGAAGGGAAUGCAAUCGCGGAUAAAUUACAAGCACACUUUAUGACUUCUGCAUCCAGUUGCCAACAAAAAACGGCAUUUUAUACGCCAUUUUUCAAAGAGGUAUGGGAGAAAAAGCCUGAAAUCGAGCAAGCCUUUAACAUGGAAGAACCGGGCAACUUGAACGAUAGCGGUGAAGGAACUUUAGAGUACUCUGGAUUGCAUCCUAUGCCACCACCUCGACACGAGAGUUACCAUCUUCAAACACCGGAUGACGGUAUGUCUGUAACUUUCAGAAGCGGUUCCGAAUCGUACGAGCAAUUAACUCCGGAUGGUGAUCUUGGAGACACGGGAUUGAAUGAACAGUUUGCAGACAAUAGAGCCACACCUAGUGAUGACAGUGAUAUUUAUAGUCAAGUAGAUUUUUAUAGAGAAGAAAGAGAACGGGAUUUACUAAAACCAGGGGAUAUCACGAAUAAAUUAUCCGGCUGGGUGAAGGAUACGUUCAUGCAUCAAGAUGGAGUGACUAAUAGUUACUCUCACAGAGCUUUUACAACAGGCAGACGCCAUAUUUCCCAGGCAAAACCACGACCAAAAGGAAAUAGCCAAACUUUGAAACAGCCUGGCAAAAUCAAUUUAAAAGAUUUCUCAAACGUCACAGACGCCAUAGCUAGAAUGACAGUAGGCGAGAAAGACGAACACGGUCCUAAGAUGACAAUGGGUCAUGCCCCUCUUGCUACACCUGAAUUGGUAGAUUUAGGCUCUGAAUACGCCCAAGUUAAAGAUGUAGUACCAAGUCUUUAUCCUUCUUACGAUGGCGAUUAUAUGUAUGCUUUGGUGCAAGAUUCUCUAAACAAUAUGCCUAAGCUGCGUCAUAGACGCGAAAAAGGACAACCCUCGUAUAGUGAUUCCGAUUCGGAGUGGAGUUCUUUGGAAAGGCAGCAAAGGGUAGCGGAUGUUUUGGGUAAAGCAAAUAAGAAACCACCAUCGCAUAAAAGGAUACGAAAGAAACGUACCGCUAUACCUGUGCCUGCACCGAAAGUUCCAACUCUGGCUGGUAUGGGAAGUGGAGAUGGUAUCGUUGGUCUAAAUUACAACAUAAAAGAGGAUAAAUGUUGGAGAGUAAACCCAACAGAAAGAGUAUCUAGCGAAACACCAGAUUCUUCUGAGUCCAGUGACCCGGAGCACACUUCUAGAUCGAGAUCAAAACAAUAUAAACAUGCUGCUGCUAGUUUACGAAAAAGAUUUGGAAAUUCAUUGCCCCAACAACAUUUACCAGCAUCGUUACAACAUCCUUACAAUAUAAAACAUAUGACUCAAGAGAUGUUCAGUGCUUCCUCGAAGCAAAGGAGUGACAAUACCUUUGGCAACAUUCCAGAUGAUGAAUCCAGUCUAGACGUUUCGUCUCCGCGAGAAAUUAAUUCUCCUAGUGUAAACAUUCAAUUUUGGUUUGGUAUUUUAAAUAAGGUCAAAGAUGGCGAUAAAUUGAACAGAAAAAAGGAUAAACAGAAAGCAAAAGAAGACGAGAAGUUAGAGAAACGCCGACAAAAAGAGGAAAAACUGAAGAAACAUGCGGAGAAAGAAAAGGAAAGAGAGAAGAAGAAGCAAGAAAAAAUAAAACAAACUAAAGGUUCUGGCGGAACAUUAAGUAUGAGUCAAGUGCAACAACCGCUAAUCGAAGAUUUUGCACAGAGUGAGACAAAUCGAAUACCUCUGUUUCUCGAAAAAUGUGUGCAAUUUAUUGAGGAUGAAGGAUUAGAUUCUGAAGGUAUAUAUAGGGUUCCUGGAAACAGAUCACACGUUGAACUCCUCUUUCAAAAGUUUGAAGAGGAUGAAAACGUGGAUAUACAUUCAUUGGAUAUACCUGUAAAUGCUGUUGCAACUGCUUUAAAAGACUUCUUUUCAAAGAGGUUACCACCAUUAAUUGACAAAGAGCGUAUGAGCGAACUCGAGGAUAUCUCGGGCGCUCGUGGUAUCAGCAAACCGAUGUCAGCAACAUGUAUGAAUAUGGAAGAUCGAAGCUGCAGAUUAUUGGCCCUACGUUUGAUGCUCAACAAGUUGAAUCCAGUGAAUUUCGAUGUACUUAAAUUUGUUUUUCAUCAUUUUGUAAAAGUGGCUGAAAAUUGUAAGCUGAACAGUAUGGAUAGUAAAAAUUUGGCAAUCUGCUGGUGGCCUACUUUAUUGCCUAUAGAAUUUAACGAUCUUGGCAGAUUCGAGGCAAUGAGACCAUACUUAGAAGAUGUUGUUCAAACGAUGAUCGAUCAAUAUCCUUUCCUGUUUUGUGGUGAAGAAGCUAUCGUAAUGGUGUAG